GUAAUCGCAUGUGACAGCUGUGAUUGGUUGAAGUGUGUGACGUCUACCAUUUGCAUAAUCUGUGGUAAUUGGUAUCAAGUGCGAACAACACCCAAUAUACUUACAUACUAAAAUCCCUUUUUAUACUGGAUCACAUUAUUGAACAUUUCGAGGGAUUAACAUUGUGAAGAUCUGAGAAAAUUUAUCAAAAUGGGUCUCAGUUGUGGUUUGAAGUUAGCGAAGUAUUUCCUGUUCAUAUUCAAUAUCAUUUUCUUCCUUGUUGGAGCAGUCCUACUCGGAGUAGGAAUAUGGGUGGUCGUCGACAACACGUACCUCAUGGCCUUCAUUAACAACUUCAACACAGGUGGCGUUAACGUCGGCGGGCUGCUUUCGUCAUCAGCUUAUGUGCUCAUCGCGUUCGGUGCAUUCAUUUUCGUGGUCGGAUUCCUCGGUUGUUGUGGCGCGUGGAAGGAGAGCAAGUGCUUGCUGGGUAUUUAUUCUGUCAUUGUUGGAAUCAUCCUUUUGGUUGAAAUCGUUGCCGUUAUCCUUGCUGCUGUCUACUACGAUCAGACGAAAAAAGAAAUGGCCGCGUAUCUAAAUCUUACGAUCAUCGACAAAUACUACGGCACUCCAUUUAGCUCUGAGCCGCUGUCUCUUGCCUGGGACUUUCUACAUAUCACAGCUGUUUCGCUUGCCAAGACCUUCUUGCUCUCCACCAUCUACACAGAAUACGACGGAACCGCCAACUCCGCGAACGCAGUAUCUUUGGCCUGGGACUACGCUCAAAUCACAUUCUCCUGCUGCGGUCUUGACAACUACACCGAUUUUGACUCUGCCACCAACUGGAACAAAACUUCUGCUGCCGGCUCCAUGGUUAUACCGCCAUCUUGUUGUAAAGUCCAGGACGCGAGCACCUUCCCAACGUUUACGUUGACCGACACUAACUGUCCGUACAGUCCUUCCACGACCAACUCAAACUACCAGACUACUUGCUACGCUUCGCUGAUGAGCUACGUCCAGACUUACUCCAUCGCAAUAAUAGCUGUAACAUCAUCCGUGGCCGUCCUGCAACUAAUCGUCAUCAUAGCUGCAUGUUGCCUCUGUCGGGCCAUUGGAGGGGACUCAGAUACACGCGCCUAAUUCUAACAGAGAAGCUUCCGCAUCUAACAGUGAACUCAUAACCGCAUUCACCAAUUUCCGAAAUCAAAAUCACCCGUCGGGAACUAACACCAGAUACUGCCUUCUGAUUGGCUCGUUUCUAAUGAGCGCGCCGCGGUCGCAGAACUCGGCACUUUUGAUUGGACAAUAUACCACCGGAACUGCCCAAAAUUCUGAUUUCGGAAAUCCCUGAAUGAACUCCUAAAAGCAUGUGUAUUGUAAAUCUCAACACUGUCCAAAGUGAUGAGAAAAAAAACGAUCCGGAUUUCAUCGGAAAAUUGCAGUUAUUUUGAAUUUUCUCAGAAAUCAAAAAAUAAUUUAUUUUUCUCGGACGGUUUUGUUCUGGAGUCCGGGUUUCUUGAACUUUCCGGUCACUUUCUGGGUUGUGGGGUACAUCUUAAACCUUCAUUCGCUCCAUCAAAAACACGGAAAAACUCGGUUGUUUUCGCGAACUUCAUUAACAACAUAACUUGAUUCUACGGCAGCAGUUUACCAUCGAAACCUCAGAGUAUAUGCCGUUAAUUUGAACUAGAAAUUUGCUGCUCACACGAUUCUGAACUGCUGCAGCGGAAUCGGGCCUUUACACUCCUGGAAAAAGUCUCGCAAACACAUCAACCAACAUUCAACCUAUAUUUUCGGUUGUUUCCAAAUUAGUGAUUAAAAGCCGUCCAUUUUCAGUCCUGCAUGACGUCACUGAUGAGUUUUGUGCAGACUUACUCCGUCGUCAUUAUCGCUGUGGCAUCAACCGUGGCGUUCAUACAGCUUCUUGUAAUUAUUGCCGCCUGCUGCUUCUGCCGGGCCAUCGGCACUGAAUCCGAUAAAUAGGAAGUUAAUAGAGAGGUUGCGCUUUCAAAACGUAUACGUAAAGAAAACGUGAAUACAGAUGUUGCUCCAAUGCAAAUCUUUUGAUUUUAACGAACGGCGUAGGCCUUUACGAACCCGUCACAUGGACUAUAUAAUAAAUAGGUAACGAGAAUUGAUGUACAUGUAAUAGCUUUAAUAAAUUGUUUUAGGUUGUAAAUAUUCAUACAUGGUUGGUAAUUAAAAACUU